UCCAACAUGUCCCUUCUCACCCACCUGUUGGUGUGUCUGUUCGGGAUGGGCUCCUGGGUCUCCAUCAAUGGCCUGUGGGUGGAGCUGCCCCUGAUGGUCCCCCAGAUCCCAGAGGGUUGGUACCUGCCCUCGUACCUCUCCGUCCUCAUCCAGAUGGCCAACGUUGGGCCUCUCUUCGUCACCCUGAUGCAUCGCUUCCGGCCCGGCGCCCUGAAUGAAGCAGCCGUCAUAUAUGUGAUCAUCGGCCUGGGAACUGUGGCGAGCUUCCUGCUGGGCUUCUUCUGGAAGGAGACUGUCGUAGUGGCGGGUGUUCCUCGCAGUGUAGCCCUCCUCGUCUUAACUUUCUUCCUCGCUGCGGUCGACUGCACUUCCUCCGUCACCUUCCUGCCCUUCAUGAUGCGUCUGAAGACUCAGUACCUGACCACCUACUACAUUGGGGAGGGUGUGAGCGGCCUGCUGCCCGCUUUUGUGGCUUUGAUUCAGGGAGUUGGAGUGGUCCACUGCAUGAACAGCACCCAGUCUCUGAACCACACCCUGAACUCCUCCAACAGCUCGGUGACCUUUGACCUCCAGGCUCAGUAUCAGCCAGCCAACUUCUCUGCUGAGGUGUUUUUCUUCUUCCUCAGUGCCAUGAUGCUGGUGUGCCUUGUGGCGUUCCUGCUGCUGAACUACCACCCAUCUGUGGCCAGGGAGCAUCCCAGCGGUCAAUACACCAACGGGGUGAAGAAGAAGUCUCAGAGAAACAGGAUGUGGGCCGAGCAGAAGCCCAUGAUGGAUCCAUACCGAUCUGCAAUCCAGAAGCGCAGAAGCAGCUUCGGUACCGGCUCUUACAGCUGGACGCAGGUGUUUUAUAUCUUUGUGAUCCUGGCCUGGGCAAACGCUCUGACCAACGUGGUGCUUCCCUCGGUGCAGUCCUACUCAUGCCUGCCGUACGGGAACAACGCCUAUCACCUAUCAGCCACCAUGGCUGCUGUGGCAAACCCUCUCGCCUGCUUCAUCGCCAUGUUCUUCCCAAUAAGAUCGCUGCUGUUAAUGGGAGUUCUCACAGUGAUAGGCAGUGGUGUUGGAGCUUAUAUAAUGGGCAUGGCAGUGCUGAGUCCAUGUCCACUCCUGGCUGAUGAAACAUCAGGGGGUGUCAUCAUUGUGUUGGCCUGGAUCCUGUUUGUUCUCACUCUGUCCUAUGUGAAGGUGAUCAUCGGGGUGAUCCUGCGCGACGAGGGCCACAGCGCUCUCGUGUGGUGUGGAGCUGUGGUGCAGCUGGGCUCUCUGCUGGGGGCUGUGACCAUGUUCCCAGUGGUCAGUGUGUACAGCUACUUUUUAUCAGGGGACCCAUGCAACACCAAAUGUCCCUAA